AUCCCUCUUUUCCAUUGUGACUCUGGCUGAGUUAAGUCAUUGUGUCUAAACGAAAUUUAUCAGUUUAAAAACUAAUAUUAAUUAAUAUAAUUAUGUCAGUACUUCCUGAACAUACCGAGGAUUCUGUUAAACAUAUGAUGUCAACACAAGAAUAUGUUACUGAUGUGGAAUCUUGUGAAUUUACAUAUAAAUGGACAAUUAAAAAAUUCAGUCAGUAUACAAGUGGAACAAUUGAAUCAUCAAAGUUUUCGUCACGUUUUUCUGAUUUCAAUGACGUUUGGACUCUGACAAUAAAUCCAAAUAAAGUAGGCCAAAGAGAUCGAAGAGAUUAUGAUGGCUAUUAUGAAUAUUAUGAUUCCAACGGUGAUAUACUAAAACCAGAAAAAUAUGUAUCAGUACAGUUAAAACUUAAAUUAUUCAAUGCUACUUUACCAUUAUUUGCAACAUGUAAAAUAUCAAUUCAUCCUGAUUUUUCAAAAAAUAUAGAAUGUGGGUUUGAUGUAUUUUCAACAGAAAGUGAAUGGAUGGAUUAUAUUACAAGAGCAGAUUUGUUAAAAUCAUCUGAUAUAUAUUUACAAGAUGGUGAUCUUAAAAUUUCCUGUACUAUGACAAUUUCAAGAGAACAAAAAAAAAAUUCUGAUGUAAUCUCAACAUUUAAAUCAACACCACAAUUGAGUGCAGACUUGAAAAAACUUUUGUUAAAUGAACAAUCAGCUGAUGUUACCAUUAAAGUGGGUAAAAAAUCAUUUCGUGUUAUCAAAGGAAUUCUUGCAGUACGAAGUCCUAUUUUUGCUGCAAUGUUUAAUCAUGAACAAUUCAAAGAAAAUAAAAAAAGUGAAGUUGUCAUUGAGGAUAUUCAAGAACAUGUUUUUGAAGAAUUUUUACAUUAUAUUUAUACUGAUGAAACAAAAAAUGUUAACAAAAUACCAAUGGAAUUACUUGAAGUAGCUAAAAAAUAUCAGGUUGAGCGUCUUGAAAAUAUAUGUGAAGAAGUAAUACAUGGAACAAUAAACUCUGAUAAUGUUUUAAGUAUACUUGUUUUUUCUAACAAAUACAAUGUUGAAGAAUUGAAUGAAAAAUGUUUGGAAUUUAUAAAAAAAAAUUUACAAGAUGUUUUGUCAAAGGAAACAUUCCAAGUUUACAAAAAAAAUCAUCCUGAAGUUUUUGUAAGUGUUCUUGAAACAGUUGCUGGUAUCAAAUGA